AUGACGGAGGUGGCGCUGCCCCGGGGCCCGGCCAACCUCGCUUCCCCCGCAAGCCGCGCCUCCUCCUCGCGCUCCUCGCUGCGCUAUUUAGCCAGUGCCGACAGCGACGUGCUCCCCGGAAGCUGCAGCCCGGAGCGCCCAGCUGGAUCUACAGGGAGCCGAGGAAUCCGGCAGGCAGGAGGGUCGGAGGAGGAGGAGGAAGAGGAGCGGUGGUCGUUCUUGGCGCUGCUGUUUGAGCUGCUGCGGAAGUCCCUGCUCGGCUGCAGUGUGGUGGUGGACGGCGGCGGCGGCGAAGGCGAAGGCCGCGGCUGUGGGAUGGAGAUUGGGUUGCCGACGGACGUGCAGCACGUCGCGCACGUCACCUUCGAUAGGUUCCAUGGAUUCCUGGGGCUCCCCGUCGAGUUCGAGCCCGAGGUGCCCCGCCGCGCUCCCAGUGCCAGUGCAAGCGUCUUUGGAGUUUCAACAGAAUCAAUGCAGUGUUCCUACGAUACGAGAAGAAAUAGUGUCCCAACGAUCCUGUUGAUGAUGCAAAGGCGCCUUUAUGAACAGGGUGGUCUUCAGGCAGAAGGUAUUUUCCGUAUUAACGCGGAGAAUAGCCAGGAGGAAUUUGUGAGAGACCAGUUAAAUAGUGGAAUUGUUCUGGAUGGCAUUGAGGUCCAUUGUUUGGCAGGCCUAAUUAAAGCCUGGUUUAGGGAGAUGCCAAAUGGGGUGCUGGACUCGAUCCCGCCUGAACAGGUGAUGCAAUGCCAAUCUGAAGAGGAUUGUGCUCGUGUUGCUAAAUGCCUUCCACCAGCUGAAGCUGCUUUGCUUGAUUGGUCUGUUAACCUGAUGGCUGAUGUAGUCCAAGAAGAAGAGAUAAACAAGAUGAACGCUCGCAAUAUUGCUAUGGUUUUUGCACCAAAUAUGACUCAGAUGGCAGAUCCAUUGACUGCACUGAUGUAUGCUGUGCAAGUGAUGAAUUUUCUGAAGAUGUUAAUACAAAGGACCCUCAAGGAUAGAGAAGAGUCCAGUCCAGAGGAUGUUUUGCUGCCCCAGAAGGAUCCAUCUGAUGAAAAUGGGCAUCAGAAACCCAGCGUGACACUUGAUUCUCUCCUUGAGGAAGGAUCCAGGCGUCCCUCUUUCGCCAAGGAUGAGCCCCUCCUGAACAGUCCUGCACACAGUAAUGAGGACAAACCUAAUGGACUUAAUGCCGCCGAAGGAGCCACUCCUGCUUUCACUGUCCAGACAAGUCCAGAGAGCUCCGCUAGUUGCUCACAACCUGAACUUGCUGCUCACGUUGUUACUGCUGAUGCUUCCAGCACUACUACAAAUUCUCUUCAAGGGAAGGAGAGCCAAAACCUGAAUUGUAGGACUAGAAAAGGUAAGGGUCAGUCUGCAAUGCGUGCCACGCCUCCAGCUGAGAAAUCAAGAGGUGUGAGCAUUGUGAGCCGGAUAAAUUCCAAGGUUGAACGGAUUGAAGCAUGGAGAUGA